UGCAAAACUACUAUAUCUAUACAUUUUAGUCGCGCUCUGUAAAAAUGGGGUUUAAUUGAUGUGCGAAAAGUAUUUCUAUUUUUUUUAAACUAUUUUACGUAAUGAAUUAAGUAUUUGUAUAUCAGUUACCGUUAUAUUUUCCCGUUUACAGAAACAGACAAAGAAGCAAGCUGUGUGGCGAUGCAGCGUGCGACGGAAAGCGUUUAUGUGUACCGCGUCGGUCACGCAAGAGGGUGACAUAUUUCAAGGGAAAGGGACGCACACUCACGCUGCUGACCCUUUGAUGCGGAAGAAAGUGGAAUUGAAACGUAAUUUAAAGACAGAGGCUGUGGCUGAUGUGUUCGCGGCCUCCUGUAGAUUGGUUGAUGACCAUAUGAAAGUUUUCGAGGCCAUAGAUUUUAACCUGCCCAAGCCGCAGACAUUGACGAGGAUCCUCAACUGUGCCCGAGAGAAGCAUCGGCCAACAGAUCCAUCAUCACUUGACUUUGAGGUGGACACAGACUUCAUCGGAGAUCGUUUUCUACGCGGUGAUGAGCGUGUAGACGGGGAACGUCACCUCAUCUUCGCCAGCGACGAUCAGCUUAGCAGACUCCAGCAGUCAAACCGCUGGUUCGUCGACGGCACGUUCCACGUCGUCCGGAAGCCUUUUUAUCAGCUUCUAUCCGUGCACGCAUUCCUACGACACGAGGAUUGUCUGAAGAUUAUUAUGCUACUGCAGACUAUGGUGUAUUUAUGCUGAUAAUUAUAAUGAUGAUGAUUUAAAUGCUGAUGUUUCUUAUGCUGAUUAUUAUGAUGAGGAUAAUUUUGAUGAUCAUUAUUAUUAUGCUGAUGAUUGUGACUCUUAUGAUGAGUGAUGAUGAUUAAUAUUUAUAUGAUGAUUAUUAUGAUGAUCUAAUUGCAUUAUUGAUAAAAUAAACAACUUGUGUGCAGUAAAUUAUGUAGUAUGUAAUUAGGUUAAAUUAAUGUAUUGUGUUGUUAAGACGUAUGUAAUCCUUAUUGUUAUAACUUUAAAAUUAUCCAAAUAAAUGUAAUAUAAAUUAUUUUAUAGUUUGUUUUAUUUUCAAAGCCGUCUCAUAUUCUUGUAUCUAUUCUUCUCAUUUCGACGACGAUAUACCUGAAGCAAAAGACAAAGAGAAUCUUUUUUCAAAUGCAUUAAUCCUCAAUAAAGAUAAUAUAUUACUGUAAUAAACAAUAUUCCAUAGUUUUAAAGAGU